AUGUUGCAUGUAGAGGUCAGGGCUUCCUCAACACAGCCCACGGCGCAAGUAUCUAGAGCAGAGAAGGAAAGUUCUGUUGGUGUGAACUAUAUUGAUGAAAUUGGAGAAAAAGAAGAGGAUGCAGAAUAUGAAGAGGAAGCAGAAAAAGAAGCUCAGGAGAUGGAUGAGGAUGAUGUUACAGGCGAAUAUAGGCACAACGAAUAUGAUGAACCACCUGUUGUACUAGCUAGUCAGUAUACAGAGCCAUGGGAAGAUGGUUUGAAUGUCAGAUUACUUCAAGAGUUUCCAAAUAAGAAGGCAGUGCAGAGAAUGGUGGAUAAAGCUGCAUUUGAGAACUCUUUUGGUUUUGUGCUAGUGAAAUCAGAUAAGGAACAUAUGUGGUGA